UCACUAGUGGCGGCUGGACGAACGAGUGAAGCGCCCGUGCGUUUUGUUUAUUUUGUGCCCAAAAAGUAAAAACGUUGUCUAUCGCAAGUUUUCGUCUAUAUUAAUCAAUUGUUGUCUGUUUUCAAUCAGGAUGCGGACUUACAAGAGGAAGACUACAAGAUAUUCUUACACUACUGAAGAUUUAAAAAAUGCUGCAAAGGCUGUUAAUGAUGAAGGAAAAAGUGUUAAUGCCGCCGCUGAAGAAUUUGGUAUCAAACGGAUGACUUUGACAAAAUUUUUGAAGAAAUUAAAUGAAGGUGGUGAUUCAUCCAUGGGCUAUGCAACACCGAGACAAGUAUUUUCUCCUACACAGGAAGACUCUCUGAAAAAGUACUUGCUACAAAUGGCAUCAAUCUUCUAUGGAUAUUCUCCAAAAGACGUCCGUCGCCUUGCCUACGAAUGUGCUAUUAAAUUUGGCAUUACAAUUCUACUUAGCUGGACUGCGAAUAAGAUGGCCGGAAAAGAAUGGCUUACGAAGUUUUUAAAACGAAAUCUGGAGCUAUCCAUACGUAAACCAGAACCCACCAGCCUUGGUAGGGCAACAUCAUUUAAUGAGCAGAAUGUUAAAGUGUUUUUUGAGAAAUUAGCGGAAGUAAUGGAUAGAUAUGGAUUUAGUGCGGCAGACAUUUGA